AUGGCACCAAUCAGAUCAAUGGAAGGGGAUGGAAACCACACUUCUGUGGACAUGUUUAUUCUCCUGGGACUUUCAGAUGAAAAAGAGCUCCAGCUCAUCCUCUUUCCAGUCUUCCUGGUCAUCUACCUUGUGACCCUCAUCUGGAACUUGGGUCUUAUUAUUCUCAUCAAGAUUUACUCUAACCUACACACACCCAUGUACUUUUUCCUCAGUUCCCUGUCAUUCAUAGACCUCUGCUACUCUUCUUCCAUCAGCCCAAGGAUGCUGUCAGACUUGUUACAAGCUGAGAAAACAAUUUCCUUCAUGGCCUGUGCCACUCAGCUUUUUGUUGUUGCCUGGAUGGGUCUGGCUGAGUGCUGCCUCUUGGCCUCCAUGGCCUAUGACCGGUAUGUCGCCAUCGGUAGCCCUCUGCAGUACUCAGCCAUCAUGGUCCCUGGCUGCUGUUGGAAGAUGAUUGCUGUAGCCUAUGGGACUGGUUUUCUCAGUAGUUUAGCUGAAACAGUCUCUUGCUUUCAUCUCUUCUACUGUGGGCCAAAUAUCAUUCAACAUUUCUUCUGCGAUAUACCUCCAGUUAUUUCUUUGUCUUGCUCCAAUCCCAUCUUCUGCCAAAUGAUUGUUUUUCUGGUAGCUAUUUCUGUGGGUUUGGGUUCUUUGCUUGUUAUCCUCUUAUCCUAUGCUUUCAUUGUAGCUUCCAUCCUGAAAAUCUCCUCAGUCAAAGGAAGUGCCAAGGCCUUGAACACCUGUGCCUCCCACCUGGCCACUGUGACACUGUACUAUGGCACAGCCCUCUCUGUGUACAUGAAUCCUGGCUCUAGCCACUCCGUGAAGCACAAAGUGCUAUCUUUUUUCUAUCUUAUCUUUGUCCCCAUGUUCAACCCUCUGAUCUAUAGUCUGAGGAACAAGGACAUCAAAGAGGCACUCAAAGGGGUGACAAAGACUUUGCAUACUUACCUCAGCACAAAUAACUUUUGGACAGCUUUUAUUAUUACUAUAAGAAAGAUGGAAGUAAGAAUAGAAGUGACCUUUUCAGAACACAAGCACAGCUAG